AUGGCGUCUGACCCGGCACCGUUAUCAAAAACUGCAAAAUAUAAGAAAAUAACGAAGCCACUUUUGGAACGAAAACGUCGCGCGCGCAUCAACCGCUGCUUGGAUGAACUUAAAGAUCUCAUGGUUGGAGCUUUAGAGAUAGACGACGACAACUUAAGCAAGUUGGAAAAGGCAGAUAUCCUUGAAUUAACCGUUAAUCAUCUUACAAAGUUGCAUAGACCGAAAGACCCAAUUCUAGAAGCGAAAAAAUUCCACGCUGGAUUCGGGCAGUGCGCCGCGGAAGCAUGCAGAUUUAUUAUGUCCGUGCCUGAUUUAGACUCUAAAGUCAGUCAGAAUUUAAUCAGUCAUCUAUCAACGUUAAUAACCGCUCAACCAUUGACCAUACAAGUACCAGAGAGGCCCUCGUUCUCUCCACCAACAUCGCCUUCAUCUGUUUUAUCGGACCGACAACAUUAUUACAGUGACCACGAUAGAUCUUCAUCAGACGCUGAAGACUCAGUAUAUGCCGUGGAAGGACCCGCUAAACAGUGGGCAUACCCUAAACACAACAAGCCGGUUAGUCCAUCAGGUCUUUUAACGACUGUAGACAAACUUGUUCCACAUCAAAAUGACCCUACAAUGAACGUACACCGAAAUGGAAGUUACUUCAAUCGAGUUCCGGCCGAGGCCAAAGACGUUAUUUUGCAAAAAAUAAGACAACACAUUAUGGACAAGCGUGGUAAUGAAAACAUAAAUAGCGAGGUGAACGUCGAAUUACCUGUUGAACAUAAAUACUUACCUCGCGACGAAAUGUACCGAAACGACUACUCAUAUUACUCACCGAAUUACUCAAGCGAUACCUUAGACUUGAGGAAAGUUCGAUCGCCUCUGAAGUCAUCGCUGGAAUAUUCUCAGGAUACACGAUCCGCUAAAGAACCUGAUUCUAAUGUGGAAAGUAAGCCAGCGGUUCCGGAACACUGCGAAUCACCAAUGGAUUACAGUAACUUACCGCCUAAAAAGAAGAGGAAAUUAAUCGAGUACCAGGAGUACAAAAAACAAGAAGAGGCGAGGCGGCAGCAAGCUUUUUAUGCGAAUAAAAAAGAUAGCCCAUGUGAAGGACCACCGCGCUCGGAUCAAGAGUUAGAUGCGAACAAGUGGCGCCCGUGGUAA